AUGUUAAUAAAUCCACAGAGAAAUAUACAACGUUCACCCAAUUAUCCAAGAGUUAUUUUAAUGAUAUUCUGUACUGGAAAUUCAUUACCAAGAAAUACAAUCAAAAUUCUAAAACUCAUUCAUGUUACAAUUGAUAAAGAUAAAAAAGAAAGAGGUCCUUGUUAUAUGUGUAGUAAUGGUUAUUCAAUUCAAGGCAUAAACUAUAAAAGAAAUUUAUAUUUUAGUCUCAAUGUAAAUGUCAUAAUGUGUUCCUCCAUGAAGUGUAAUGUUGCGUUCCAUAAUCCCAAAUUCAAAGUUGCUCAAACUUAA